AUGACUACUUCGAAAUCCAAAGACAGCGAGUCCGUCAACAACAUCAUUCUUGCAGCCGAUCAGGGCCAACUCGAUCUUGUCACUGUGCUCUUAGAUCAAGGGGUAGAUCCAAAUACCGUCGAUGAGAUCGGAACUUCCGCUCUUCACAAUGCAGCAAAACAAGCAUUGCCCCAUGUCCGGGAUGGCAACAAUGCAACUCCGAUCUUUCUCGCCGCGAAGGGAGGUCAUAGCCAAAUUGUUCGGUUACUCCUCGAAUGCGGCCGUCACAUAUCCGACAUGAGUGAGCUAGAAUCCACUAGGCUUGUCAAAGUCGCGACUUUAUAUGGACAGGCAGAGACCGUUCAACUUCUUCUCGAUUUCAACGCUCCCACACUAGCUGCGAAUGGGAACGAGACGGCACUUCACCUGGCGGCGAUGAAGGGGCAUCAUGAUGUCUGCGACGUUCUUCUGAAACACGAUAAGAACUUGAAUCGAUCCUUUUGGGAGCAAAUGACGGGCCCUUCUCUGCAAGUCUACUCGAAAGAUUACGAUGGACACAUUCCAUUUCAUUACGCGGUUACGAAGCGCCAUGAGAAAACUAUUCAAGUUUUCUUGAGCAACUAUCCGGAUCUUCUAGCUGCAUGUGAUAAAGAUAAAAUCCCUUUCUUUUUCAAUCCGGUAACAGCAGGGAAGAUAGAUAUCGUUCGUAUCUUUCUGGAGAAUGGUGUUGACAUUGAGUUGAAAGGGAGAGAUGGGCAAGGAGCUCUUCACAAUGCGAUCACCACGGAUAGGCGUGGAUGGGUUGAGGGAACUAAAGAGAUGAUUCAUCUUUUGCUGGAACAUGGGGCCUCCGUUGAUGCCAAGGACAAGUAUGGCUGUACUCCCGAGACUUUCACCAAUGAUCCGAAAGUCAGGAUGCUUUUGCGCAAUCAAGCGGCGGCGCGGUCUAAGGGUGAUUUAUCAUCCUCCACACCAAAAGUUUCAGCUCCGCCGCCGGAGUAUAGGGAGUGA